AUGAAUAUAAAGAUGGUAUAAUUGAUAAUUUAAUAAUUACAAAAUUGAGAUUACAAAAAGAAAACUUAGAAGUAGAAAAGUAUAAAUUAACUAAGGAAAAAGAAAGAAUUGAAAAGGAUUAUAAAAACCUUGAAAAUAACAUUGCUGAA